AAGCCUCCCAUGCCGGCGUUUGUGUCGUGGGCGUCCCAAUGGCAUCGACGUCAGACAGCGAUGCGAGGUCAUGAAAGACAUUUGGAGGGAGGCCUGGAUCAACUCGGAGUUCACUGGUCAGGUGGCGUUGAGUCGCCGCGCCAAUGGGCAGGAGUUCUUGGAGAUUUGCUGUCCCGAAGUCUUGGAAAGAUACGGCUCUCACCCAGAGAUCCUGGACGAUGGCCGCAGUGUCCAUGUCUCCGUGAACGAUGUGGUGGCGUUCGGUGUGUUGGAAGAGUCCGGUUCGCUAAUUGCGGUCAACGUUUGGCGCAUUAGCAUCCCAAGGAAAUUUAUGGAGGAAGAGGUGAUGGAUGAGGACAGCUCAGAGGAUGCUUCUCCUGCGCAGCCAACGAUCGUCCAAGCAGAUUUCAAGGAUGCUUCUCCUCCCAAGCCAAAGACUAUCGCAGCUGUGCGCCAGGAAGCCACGAAGCGCAGCUUGGAGACGCCUAGCCAGUUGCAUCCCACGGCUAAAGCGAAGGCCCCAGGGGCCCCAGGGGCCGGCAUGCACAAGUCGGCUGCGAAAACUGCGGCGGAGGAAGUGCAGACAAAGAAGGAUGCCCCUCCCGCGCAGACCUUCCAGAGCUUCCAGGAGGCCCUACCUGCUAAGCGGAGCAGGGAACUUGGGAUCAGCCAGACUUUGUUGAAUCCGACGGCAAAAGCGAAGGCUCCAGAAAUGCCGUCGGCACUGAGAACUUCUCCAGUGACCAUAGAUGUGCCGACCGUGGAGGAUUCCCCUCCGGCCAAAAAGCCAAAGACCGAGACACUGCCCGAGAUCUUGAAACCCACUGCGAAAGCAAAGGCGGGGGUACGCAUGUUGGGGACUGUGAAUCGUCACAUGCUCAAUGGGAGAUUUUCAAUCUGCUGCGAGGAGAUCUCAGGUGUCCAUGGCAGGGAUGCAGAAAUCCCACCAGAGCACGUACCCAUGAAUCUGAAAGUCGGGGACCGUGUCUCGUUCGUCGUCCGGGAGUCAGAGGAUCAGCAAUCCUCGCCGAUCUGGGCCAAGAACCUUCAGGUGCUAUCUGCUCCCAGGGCCCCAGCCCUCAGGGCCCCUGCCCUCAGGGCCCCUGCCACGGCCAAGCCUGCGAAGAUGGCAGAUGGCAAGGCAACGCCUG